GGCCGAGCCGAAGCUUUUCGGCACGGACGGACACCUUACCCGUUCCCUGUUCCCAUCGAACCAUCUAGAAACGUCGCCGUCUCCUCGCUAGGGUCUGGGCAUCGCCGCCUCAGAGUCGACGGCGAGGUCGUAGGCACGAGCGGCGGCGGCGGCGAUGGACUGGAGCUCUGUGACGGCUGAAGAUCUGGUGGACGCGCUGCGGGAGGUGGACUGGUCGACACCGCCGCGCCCCGUCGCCGAGUUCUUCUCCCGCUUCACCGCCCCCCGAUCCUACUCCAAGUGGACCAGCCGCCUCAAGUGCAACCUCUACUAUUAUAGGACGAACUACUUCAUCUUGGUUAUGUUCAUUCUUGGAAUGGGCUUUCUUAGGAAGCCAGUUGCCAUCCUUGCUGCUUUAGCAACUGGUCUCAGCAUUGCGUUUCUCAAUGACAGUUUUGCAGUUACUUUCAAUGAGAAAGUCACAAGGAGCGUCAGACAAUUUUCACCACAUUUAGCCGCAAAGAUGAGGCCACCCAUAACGCCUGUCAUCCGAGGCCAACCAAGUAAAAGAAGAUCAAUUCAUAUCUGUGGUCGACCUCGGUGGGUCUUUGUCGUGUUGUUUUCCGCAGUUAGCUGCAUGCUCUGGUUAACUUCGUGCAGCCUCCUCACGGUUUUGUGGGCCCUACUUAUUGGUCUGCUUGCAACCUUGCUCCAUGCCAGCUUCAGAACACCUAAUUUGAAAGCACGUUUGAACACAUUCAGGGAGGAAUUUCGAGCAGUAUGGCGGAAUUACAGUGAGCUGUAGUUGUCUUUGUUGUUCCAUGUGAGUGCCUUCCUCAAUAUUAGCUUCAAGACAGCUUCAAGUUGUAGGAUGUUGCAACGUGUUAUGUGAGUGCAUCACAGCGGAAAUGCCUGCUGGCUAUUGGUGGACACCUUGCAGUGGUAUAUGAUGGAGCAGCCUACAUUUUCCUGCUUGCUUAUCUUGGGCUCAUUUCGCCAUGCAGGUUUGUCAUAAAGAAUGAUGCAAGUGUCAAAUCUGUCUCCAAUGCUGUCUCUAGGCCUUUUUCUCUUGGGAGAUUUUCGCAGGGUCCUUUCUCCUUGCUUCUUGUUGCAAUGCUUCUUGUUGGAUUGCAACUAUGUAGAUAUCAUUAGGUGGUGAAAUAUUUGAGUUUCAGGGUCAGUUUCCACCCUAGUUUUAGCUUGUGCCUUGUUUCCGAUGUUUGGAGGAAACCUGUAUGUGUGAAGGUUGUAUAAAGCUAUUCUCGAGUGAACUAGGAAGAUGCUGCUUUUAACUUGAAUCGUCUGCUUCGAGCUUCGUCUUUAUAGUGACUAUGUUAUUGGUGUUGAUUUCAUGAGUUGGUUCGCUA